GGACCUGCGCUGCGCCUCCAGGAGGGGUGCGCCUGCGCAUUGUGCUGGUCUCCACGGCGCGGCCUCGGAGCCAAGACGAGAGAACAUGCUACCGUGAAGGCACAGUCACAGCUUUCACAUAAGCACGCGGCUGGCACUGUUAUAAUUUAGUGCCCCAAAGGAAGACCCUCAAUGAACGGGCAUUUCUGAGGCAGAGUACAUAGGCAUCUGGACUUGAGACUUGAGCCACUGCCUGAAGGUAUGGUGAGAUCAACAGAGGAAGAGACAAUUGACAUUGGGAAACCAGCCCACUAUUCACAGUUCUCAAAAGGAGUGGCCAUGCUGUACCACAAAGUGCCAACAAUAUAACACCAAGGUCAGUGCCAUUAACUAAUCAGAGAAAAUGGAACUGAAUGUGAAGCCAGCAUGGAGCAGCGUCAUUCCUUAGCGGGCAACUGUGACGAUGGUGAGAAGUCAGAAAGAGAGGCUCAGGGAUUCGAGCAUCGGACCUGUAUGGACUCUGGGGAUCCUUCCUUUGGGCAAAAUGAUCCCCCUACCAUUUUGCCCAUUACUGCUCCUAAAACAUAUGAUUCACUCACAUCACAGGAUAUGCCAGAGACACUGACUGACACACAGGCCCUUCAUGAAGAGCAAUUUCAUCUUUUGGACCAAAAUGGGCAGCCUAUUCAAUAUGAUCUUCAGUCUUUGGGAAAUUCUACUGCACAAAUGACAGGGAUGGAGCAAGUGGCCAUACCUCAGGAGCCCUUUGCAGAUGAACAUAGCCCUCAAGAUAUCUCUGAAGAGAAACCCACUGGUGUAAGAGCAGAUGUUCUCGAAGACAGCACCAGCAAUUACGGCCUUCGCUCACCAGCAUCCCUCGUGCUACCCAAAAAGGCAGGAGCCAGACUUGUUGAAGAACCUUUGCUGGCUCCUCUCCAGCCACUUUCUUGUAACACACCCAUGUGGGCCUGCCGUCUUAGGAGUUGUGAGAAAAUUGGAGAUUCCUACCGUGGCUACUGUGUAAGUGAGACUGAAUUAGAAAGUGUCCUAACUUUUCACAAGCAGCAAACACAGACUGUCUGGGGUACUCGCCAGUCUCCAAGCCCAGCCAAACCUGCCACACGCUUGAUGUGGAAGUCUCAGUAUGUCCCAUAUGACGGAAUCCCAUUUGUCAAUGCAGGAAGUCGAGCUGUGGUAAUGGAGUGUCAGUAUGGACCAAGGAGAAAAGGUUUUCAGUUAAAAAAAAUCAGUGAGCAAGAAAGUAGGUCUUGUCAUCUCUAUAAAGCUACUUGUCCAGCCAGGAUAUACAUUAAAAAGGUACAGAAAUUUCCUGAAUAUAGAGUACCUACAGACCCCCAAAUUGACAGGAAGAUAAUCAGACUGGAGCAGGAGAAAGCCUUCACUAUGCUGAAGAAGAACCUGAUGGAUGCUGGUGGUGUACUUCGAUGGUAUGUGCAGUUACCUACACAGCAAGCUCAUCAGUAUCAUGAAUCAGAGACUCCUGGUGUCCCUUUGUCACCGUCACCUUUUCCUAUGUCUCCUCUUGAAGAAGAGGAAGCUAUAGUCAGAGAUGAGAACUGUGCGUUGCCCUCUCGUCUCCACCCGCAAGUAGCGCAUAAGAUUCAGGAACUAGUGUCACAGGGAGUAGGACAAGUGUAUGCAGUAAGGAAGCAGCUAAGAAAAUUUGUGGAAAGAGAACUGUUCAAACCUGAUGAGAUACCUGAAAGACAUAAUUUAUCUUAUUUUCCAACUGUAAAUGAUAUAAAAAAUCAUAUCCAUGAGGUACAGAAAUCCUUGAGGACUGGAGAUGUGGUAUAUAACUCAGAGAUUAUUCCAGCAACGCUUCAGUGGACGACAGAUAGUGGGAACAUCCUCAGAGAGACUGUAACAGUUACAUUUGCAGAAGGAAAUUUACUAGGAGAACCGAUUCCCAGCAAAAUGGGAACAAGUCAGACACAGACUGCUGUGUCUCCAGAGCCACUUUCUUCAUUUCCACCCAAAAUAUUUACACACUUUCAGGCUUUGAAGUUACAGCCAAGACUCUCCUCUCCUGAUGGCUCACAAGCUUUGGUAUCAGUAGAUAGCCAUGCAUCCUCUAGUCCUCCUGGCCUUGUGGAUACUGUAGGAAAUGCUGAAGUGGAUAACCACUCUGUACUGCUUGGUCAGAGUCAAAACCCUGGGACAGAUACAUGCCUAACCCAAGACAACAGCACCUCCUCCUCCACGGGCCACCUCCCAGAAUCAGUUCCGAAUCCAGUUGCAGAGGAUCAGCUGCUGGAAGGUGAAGAUGUUGAGGAUGCAGGGAAUCCGGAAGGAAGUGUAAAUAGGACUCUGUUGGGAGAUGUACAAACCGUUCCAAUACAGAUCAUAGACAGCCGUCCAGUGCUUGUUGAAGAAAGUCUGUCUAAGAACCAAGUUAAACAAGAAACCAAUGAGCCAACACUGUCUACAGAAGCAAAAACUUUCCUGGACUGUAAAAAAAUAUCUGCUACAUAAAUAUUUUAAGUUUUUCAGAAUUUACAGCUCUGGCCCCUUCUGAUUUCUUAGUAGGUGGAGAUUGUCUGAGAUGGUGUAUCAAUCACUGGACCAGAAAUGUAUGAUGGGCAGUUUUGACUUAAAGCUCCAAUAUUUGUUGCCAAUUCUAUAUUUGUAUUUCCCUUAAGAAAUAUUUUACUUUAUUUUGUAUUCCUUUAUUAUUAUUAUUAUUAUCCAGUAAGGCAAAUAUUUUAAAAGAUCAUCUGAAGUUAUCCACAGUAAUUUAGUGUGAAUGCAAAUAGUUAUCUCGCCAAGUUUUGGUUUUUACAAGACAGAAAAGACCAACAAUAAAAGCAGUGUGUAAGUGCAUGUCUAGGUGUGUCAGAAAAUUUAAAGUUGUAAGAACAGUUUUGAUUAACUGACAGGUGAGAAACUAUUUAUCAUCUGUUUAUUUGGAAAGGUAGAGCAAUAGAUGUGUAUGGUAGCACAGAGCCACCAAACACCCCCCCCCCCCAAUGCUGCAUUUGCAGUUUAUCCUUGGCUUACAUCUUUAACUGUAAAUGAGUGGUACUGAAGGUCAUCUGUCAGACAUUUCAGUGACUUGGAAAUAUUAAAACAUUGAAUUAAUCACACAUUGAAAUAACACAAAUGAAUGUAAAUGACGUGUAUGUUAUAUGGGACUGGAGGUAAAUCCCUACCUAGGAAUAGAAACAUGAAAAAUUCAGAGAUUUGGGGAAAUGUUAGAAUUUCCUACUAUUUAUAGAUCAUUUGGGGGAACUUUUGAUGGUAGAAAAAUUGUUGUUGCUUUUUAAAGAUUCAAUUUUGACUAGAAAAUAAUUUAAAUAGUAUUUACAUUUUUUUCUGUACUAGAGUUCUUUCUGAAUUGAUAGUAUUACGAUUUAUAUAUUUCAAGGUAAGUAUAUAUAGCUUAAAAUUUAGUUCAUAUUUGAAACUUAAAAAUGUCUGAUCCGAUAUUUACUCAUUAAAUAAGUAUAUUUAUAUUUAUACCUAGUACCAAAUAUCAAGUAAUUAGUAUGUUCAUUAUAACCUUGUUUUUAUGGAAGAUUGACUAGGUAGAAAUUUCAAAUGUAACUGUCCUGAAAUAAGCAAGCUGAAUGUAGUGGUACACACCUGUAAUCCCAGCACUGAGGAGGCCAAGGACUCAGAUUGUAAAUUCAAUUAGCCUAGGUUAUAGAGCAAGACCUUACUAAGAAAGAAAGAGCGGAUCACCUAGAAGAUUCUUUUUCUGGAGAUUCAUUUGUGAGUUACUUACUUUUUUUUUUUUUUUUUUUUUUUGUCUUUUCGAGACAGGGUUUCUCUGUGUAGCCCUGGCUGUCCUGGAACUCACUCUGUAGACCAGGCUGGCCUGGAACUCAGAAAUCCGCCUGCUUCUGCCUCCCGAGUGCUGGAAUUAAAGGUGUGUGCCACCACCGCCUGGCUAACAUUUUUAUUUUUAAAAAUAAGAAGUUCAAGUGGAUAUUAAAGUUUAAUAUUCAAAGCAUGAACAAUAUAAUUUGAUAUUUGUCCUUAAAACUUUACAUGGAUUGACUUUCCUAAAAUCUAAUUUCCCAUUAUUAUUCACUUUGCUUUGGGUACAUGACCUGUACCUAAAGAUAAAGCUCUGUUAUUUUAAAAGUAGGCAGAACUCUAAAAUUCAUUAUCUUUACAUCUGUAUCAUUGUCAACAUAACGUUUAUUAUAUCUUAUUGAAAGCAAAGUUCAUAUAUAAUUAUAUGUAUGAUUAUUCGUAGGAACUGCUUUUCUUCUUUUCUUUUUUCUUUCUUUCUUUCUUUUUUUUUUAAGAAAAAAACUAAAGAUAUCUGUUGCCAGUAUUUAUAGCAGCGGGCUACUAAGCCUGAAUAUAUUACAUUAAGUUUAAUACAAUUCGUAGUCACUUCAAAACCCAGGUUCUCUUAGUCUGUGUGUACUUAAGAGGAAUGAAAUCAAAUUAGUAUAUAGUUUAGGACUGUAUAGGUAAUGCUCUUUUGUUAUCCAUGUUAUAGAAACUGUUUUUCAAGAACAGAUAGGUUUUCAUCUUCCAAUAAUGAUUACGGUUUAUUGCUAAAUAUCUUACAUUCCUUUUUUAUUUGGACUGCUAAGGAGAAAUGCUUGUUAAGAAACAAACUAGUCAAUUUCCAGUGCGGAGAGAAAGAGCAGAGGACCCAGCGGUUACUGUGUAAUCAGGAACAAGUACAGUGAGGAUGUGUUUCUGCCACCUCAUUCCGCCAGGUGGCAGGCACCUAUAGUCCCAGUGCAUCUCUGUGAGCUCCAGGGGAGCCCGGCCCACACAGUGAGAUCAGGACAGCCAGAGCUACAUAGUGAGGCCCAGGAAGAAAGAAAAGAGAUAACAUAUUUCUGUCACUUCAUUCUGUUUGAAUGGGUCUUAUGUUAAUAUUUUUUAUUAUGAGAACAGAAAGUUACAUACAUUCUUCCCACAAACAAAAAGAAAACAGAAAACUGAAUACUUAUAUCUCUAAUUGUAUAUUUUUGCUUUCUUAGGUAGAAACUGGAACUAUUAAUAUUUUUGAGUAUUUAAAUAAGUAGUUUUUAAAAAAUGGUAUCUAAAUGAGUUUAAAAAUGUAUUUGUCUUCUAAACUCAUGUAUAGUCACAACAUGUCAGUGUUGGCUAAAGGUGCUUAGUACCAGUUUUUGAAAACUAUGUUUACAUAUUUAAAUAUUUAAUUCUUUACAAAUGUACAAGAUCUUAAACAAAAGUGUAUAAAAAUUUCAGUAUCUGUAUUUGGCGUUCUCUUAACAACUCCACAGCAAAAUUUGGCAAUACUCUUUUGUUCAUGUAUUACAAGAUGUAGUAUCUGUAGUGGAAAGCUGGACAUUUAAAAUAAGCAGUUAGAAAAUCAUAAUCAUAGCCUGGCUUGUUUCUCUGCAGUUUUCAUGGUCUAGGCCUCCAGGUAAACUUAGUAUAUACCCAGGAAAUUACAGAUAAACAACCACAGGAGACUUGACCCUCGGUAGUAAUUUUCUGUGUAAGCAGCCAAUGUACUUAGAGAGCUUUAACAUCUUAUGCAGAGUGAAUGUUUCCUAACUGAUAGGAAACAUAAGCUUGGAGAUCCGGUCCUGCAUUGAAGUUUUUAAUUUUAAGCCCCAGCUUGUGCUUUAUCUUGCUUAUAUCCUGUCAAGCUAUAUACUUAAUCAUGUGGGUUUGAGAUAGUGUUUGCUUUAUACUAGAUUUGUAAAAAGAUUUUAAAAUAUGUAUGUAUAUAUUGUAACUUGAUGUACAGUGUUCUUAUUAUAAUGUAAUUUUUAUUAAAAAAUUCUGUUUUUUUCUUA